AACUCGUUUUCCACCGACAUACUACGUGUGCAUCGUUCGCUGAAAUCAUGCGCGAUGCAACCGGAAUGUACAUCCAUCGCCUGCUGUAUGCCCAGUGUCUUUACUAAAUUUUAUAAACUCAGAGCAUUUUUACAAGGCCAGUUUACCGACAAGAAAUAUUUACGAUGGGUGUGCCAAUCACUCCGAUAUUUCACCUUCGAAUCAUGCUGUUUAUCUGGACAGAAAAAGUUUUGUUCUUUGAUUUGAAGAGGACUGCUUAAAAACAUAUUGGAAAGUUUUACAACGUCGGGACAGUUGUCACCAUGACCUCCCCAGGUCGACGUGUGGUUAACUGUAUCGUUGCAUCAGCGUUGCGUAUGGUAGUUACGGCAAUUUGGAUAGUCGUUUUCGUCAUAGAAAAGCUCUUCCAUGGAAUUGCUGGCUACUUUACCGCGAGCCCACCAACAUUUCAUGGAUUUGAUCAACGCCAUUACCAACCAGAUGGUGAAAAGGCAGCACGCAAGUUUCUAAUGGAACAUCCUCUAAACAUAUUCAAUGUGUUGUCAUUUGGAAAGUUUAUAUCCGAUAACGGGAAAUGUGUUGGAUACCGGCCAGCCGCGAAGGCUCCAUACAUUUACUUAACGUACAGUGAGUUGAUCGAACGAGCGCAAAAUUUCGGCGCCGGCUUGCUGCAACUAGGCGGCCAACCGAAUAACGACUACUUGGUCGGCAUAUUUGCACCGACAUGCGUAGAAUGGACAGUGGCCGAGUACGGGUGCAUGGCGUAUGGAAUGGUUGUCGCUCCGCUAUACGAUGCGCUCGGUGGCGAAGCCUGUUUCCUUGUUACCGAUUUUUGCAAACUGGAAAUCAUGAUUUGUGGUGGAGACGCGCAGGUCGACGCUUUAAUGCACGACGGUAAAUUUCCACCAUCUUUGCGGACAGUUAUCACGAUUCAUGAGUACCUUUCUGAACAUAGAAAGGCUAAGCUAGAAGAUUUCGGCGUUCAGCUGCUUUCGGUGGUGGAGGUUGAGGAAUUAGGACGCUUAAACCCACGCCCACUUUGCCUUUCUAAACCAGACAGCCUGGCUACGUUAUCGUUCACAAGCGGUACAACGGGAAUACCAAAAGGUGUCACAAUUACACACCGGCAAAUGCUGACGGGCGUUAUGGCUCUAGCGCAGGGUUUUUUGCCGUUACAAUUUGGCCCGGACGACACAUUACUGGGAUUGUUCCCGUUGGCGCACAUUUUGGAGCGUGAAAUGGAGAAGUUAAUUCAUUUGCACGGUGGAAAAGUGGGUUACAUCAGCGGCGACGUGUUGACCAACUGGUUCGCUGACGCCAAAGAUGUUGCCCCGACAGUAUUCUUGCUCGUACCACGGCUGAACAGCCACCUCUGUACGGAAAUACAGAGCGACCUCAAUAAGUCCCUGUACCGUCGUACGUUAGCAAACCUGGGCGUAGCUGUUAAAAAAGUAGAAAUGGAGCACGGAAUCUUUCGGAAGGAUUCUAUUUGGGAUCGUCUGGUGUUCCGAAAGUAUCAAAACAUGUUGGGCGGAAAAAUUCGUGUGGGUGUCACAGGAGCGGCGGCUACCGAUGGUGAAAUUCUGAAUUACGCGCGCGCUGUACUUGGCUGCUACAUUUUUGAAAUUUAUGGCCAAUCAGAAACAGCUGGGAUUGCAUUUUCCACUCCUUACGGCGAAAUGUCUGCGGGUCAUGUCGGGUUGCCGUUACCCGGUGUGGAAGCCAGACUGGAAGACGUUCCUGAAUUGGAGUAUUUCGCUCGCGACGGACGAGGGGAAGUGUGUAUGCGAGUAACUUUCGGGUCAAACGGAUAUUAUAAAAUGCCAGAAAAAACCGCGGAGCUCAUCGAUAGGGAUGGUUGGAUUCACACAGGGGAUGUUGGUGAAUGGCAACCGAAUGGCUACAUGAAGAUAAUCGACCGAAAAAAGCACAUCUUUAAACUGAACCAAGGAGAAUAUCUGGCGCCUGAAAGAUUAGAAAGCACCUUUGCGCGCUCCAAUUUUAUACAGAAUAUCUUCAUCGAUGGCAACAGCAAAUACGAAUUUUGCAUCGCUUUGAUAUAUCCAAAUUAUAAGGAGCUUGGUGCGCACACUGCCGAUCCAAAGUCUCCGGAAUCCGAGGUCCUUGUCAAAGCGCUUAUCAAGGAAGAGCUGGUGCGAAUUGGACAAGAAACCGGCAUGCAGCCCUGGGAAGUUCCGGAGAGGAUCGUUAUGUUGCCGGAGCCUUUCUCUCUAGCCAACGGUUGCUUAACACCGUCUCAGAAGAAAAGGCGGGAUGGUAUUCGGCUUAAGUUCAGGGACGAGAUCAUAAAUGCGUACCGCUAAUGCCGCUGUUCAUAGUUUUAUCCAUGUUGUUUAUUUAAUUUGUGGUAUUCGCUACGCAGAAGAAGCUUCAUUGUGCCGUGCGCGUGUUCACUGUUCACACAUUUCGUAAAAGCAUCAGAUUAUUCAGGUCUACUAUAUGGCUUC